CAUCAAACCGCCUUAUAUGGUUAAUCGCUGGUCCUAUACUACACACAUACACGAUACACAUCGCAUUUUCGCAUAAUUUAUUCGCCCUGUCGAAGAAAAUUUUCGCUUCGCCCCUUCGUGCUUCCCCCGUGGAGAAUGAUUGUACAGAUAGACUCUUUCGAAAGCAAAUUAUGAGGGCUUUUAACCUUACGAUGGACAGAAGCGGACUGGAUUAAUGGGAUACUGACCAAAGUGCUUCUAAACGGUAUUACACAAAACGCCAUUAUCUUCGACCCAUCCUCUCCACUAGCCAGUAGCAGCAACGCUAAUUUCCACACAACAGCUGAUAACGGAACCUGAAGGAUCAUGGCUUACAACAGUGCGUUUAUAUAUAAAAUACCGUCUCACUGAUUAUCAACGCUCCUGUUACGUGCUGUAUAUUUUACACAAGGAAUUAGUUUUCAAAUUACGUCAGGAUUUUACCAGUGCAAUAGGUACGAGGAAACUUUACUCGUGUUGAUUUCCAAGUAAGAUUCUACAUACGCCUGUCAAUCUUUGUUUUUACAGUACAUUGUUUACAAAUGUAAUGCAUCUUUUCCUGUAAUUAAUUUCACUUUGGAUAAUUUAAUUGCCCGUUAUAAAUCAAUAUAUGAUCGUUAUUUCGAUUUCUUUUCUACGUGUUGAUAUUUCUAUCUGAUUUAUUCCGGUAACUCUUAAUAUUCUGUGGAAACUGAGUGUGUAUUGAUACAUCAGUUGACAAUCUAUAUUGGCAUUGGAUCUGUGAGCCUUAGACUGUGACUGUUAAUACCAGUCUAUCACUGCCUCCCACAACGUGGAUGGAUUGGUGCUUAUAAUCACGACGUGCUCACAUUGUGGUUAAUGAAGAAAAGGUUCACUGUUGUUUAAUACAGGAAUGGACUUUUGACCGUUACACUUGGAAUGCACUGGUCACUCGUGCCUAAAUGACACAAGGAGGAGGUCGUUUCGAUUUUGAUGACGGGGGGACGUACUGUGGGGGUUGGGAAGAUGGCAAAGCCCACGGACACGGGGUGUGUACCGGGCCUAAGGGUCAGGGAGAGUACUCUGGGGCGUGGCAAUAUGGCUUCGAGGUAUCGGGCGUUUACACCUGGCCCAGUGGAAACUCGUUCAAGGGCCAAUGGUUCCAGGGAAAGAGACACGGGCUGGGAGUAGAAACGAAGGGCCGCUGGGUCUACCGGGGGGAAUGGACCCAGGGAUUCAAGGGCCGUUACGGUGUCCGACAGAGCGUUUCCUCCGGGGCAAGGUACGAGGGCACGUGGACCACCGGGCUACAGGACGGCUAUGGGUGCGAAACCUACGCUGAUGGAGGAACGUACCAUGGACAAUGGCUGAGAGGAAUGCGUCACGGUUAUGGUGUUCGCGCAAGCGUGCCCUAUGGCCUGGCGUCACAUUACCGACCUAAGACGUUAAGAGCAUCACUGACGUCACUGCGCAGUGAAAACGAAGACGAAAUUGUGGUGAAAAAUCGUGAUAAAAAACUUGAUGAGAGCCGCGGAGGUUUCGUGCUUAAAGCCAAGAGCGACGAAACGCCCCCCAGCAGGCGGCGCUCUAUAUUCGACAAGCAGGGUAGGUCUAGUUUACGGAAAACUCUAAUGUCAGGUCUGAAGCUCAAAAAGCAAAAAAGCACAGGUGACAUCAACAGUUCGCCCAGCCGUCAGACUGGCUCUGUACGCAGCACAAUCAGUAACAUAAGUCACGUGAGUGCCGAUUCGACGCAGUCCGGAAUGACGAACGCUUCUAUGUACACGGAUAGUAAUUUAAGUUUUGUAAGCCAGGAUGACAUCACGGACAUUAACGUGACAGAAACGUAUAUGGGGGAGUGGAAAAACGACAAGCGUUCAGGCUUCGGUGUUAGUGAACGGUCCGACGGACUCAAGUACGAAGGCGAGUGGUAUAACAAUAAGAAAUACGGAUAUGGAGUGACAACAUUCAAGGAUGGUGCAAGAGAGGAAGGGAAAUAUAAAAACAACGUUUUAAUAUCAUCAGGAAAGAAAAAUAAAUUAUUCUUGAUCAGGACUUCUAAACUACGUGAACGGGUGGACAAUGCGGUUUUGUCGGCACAGCGAUGGGCCCAAAUCUCUCUACAAAAGGCGGAUUUAGCUAUCUCAAGAAUGGCCAAUGCAAGAGCGAAAGCUGAGCAGGCAGACCAGUCAGCCCUCAAGUCAGAACAAGAUUCAGAUUUUGCCAGGUUAAAAGCAAAAGAGUAUGCUCCAGAAUUUCAUCAACCAGGCUCAGACAUCUUGAAGAAAAAACGAGAGAAUGGCGAAGUGGACGAGGAUGAGUAUGACUUCAGUUAUGUGAAAGGCCUUCAAAACCACAAUCCACACCGCUCCAAGUCAAUGCUCACAAAGACCCACCACGAAGAUGGGGGGUUGCUACCCGGAGGUCUCGUUCCAAUGGUCAACAGUUCCCCGGAUGGAAGUCCACUUAGGAAUAAUAGUGGUUAUGACUACUUGCAAAUGUCGAAUGCCAAACAAGAUAGUAAAAAGAUGACUAGUAUACCAAAUCAUUCGCCACAUAACAGGAGUCCAUCUUUGAAAAUUAGAAGGUAUAGCUUUUUGGCGGGUUCGAGGAGAGGUAGAGGAUUUAGUGAGAUAUUUAAUUCGACAAUUUUAAAUGACCACUUUGAUCAGUAUUCUGCCCAAAGGGACGAUAGUGGUUUAGGGAAAGAACUUUUAAGUGGCGAGGAACGCUACAGGGGGAACCACAUAACGGACCCGUCACCAGAUUCAGGCGUGUCCGAAAGCCUGGACGAUGAGUCGAAGAAUAGACCGCUCCAGCGAAGAAGAACUAUGCCUUGCAUUGUCAAAACCGAGGGCAAUGCGACAACACAAGCAAUGGCGGAAAGAGAGACGGCGCACAGUAGCGAAAACAUUGCAAACAAAAACUCCGAUACUUACGUUAUUGAAAAUGGAAUACGAAAACGAGUGAAAGGGGUUGAUAGACCUCCAGCACAACAACAAAGAAUGUCAAGGGGCGACCUUCCAAAAGAAUACAAAAUCGAAAGCCAAAAUGCGUUGGGUAAGGGAAAGGGCAAAAGAGGCAGUCUUCCAGACAUCACAGCUAUCAAGCAAGUGGAUAAGAUCAAACCAAUGUCGCGUGAAGAGGCUUACCAGCUGGGCAGUGCUAGGCGGGAAGAGCUCAGGCGACUUCAAGAUUUGGCCGACAGGCGUCGGCAAGGGGACGUAACUGUCAUCCUCGGGGAUCUGAAGGACUUUGUACAGCAGCGUCAGCUGUUGGUCUUAGUUAUUGCAGUGAACCUGAGUUUAGCUACAAUGUUUUUCAACCUGUUGUCCUGAUGAGUGCUGUAAUUUGGUCGUCAUGGAAACAAAUAUAUGCACCUUCCAGUGACCUGUGCUACCGUAGCACACAUUGGCUUCGGCGGGUUGAUACAACGGAAACAGCAGUCGAACCAGUUCUAGGUCAAAGGUCAAGAAGGGAAAUUGGUUUUCUUACCAAGAGAAAUACCAAGACCAUACCCGUUGAACAUGAAUUUGUUUGAUAACCUGCUUUAGCCACGGCGUUUUCGCAAGCAGUUGAUGGAACUCGGCGAGACUCCAACUACCUACUGAACCAAACUUUCCUAUUCCGUCUCGUGCGUCCGCAUCCAUUUUUCCAUUAGGAUGUACGAGACCGGGUCACGUGUUACCCAGUGAUGUCACGUGUUACCCAGUUAUCAUCUUCCCUGGCACCAUAUUUGUCCCAAGGACAGAUCUCUAUCAAGUUAAGGUGAAGACGAAUUCAGUUAAAGACAUUGUGUGUAAAUGGUUAUUGGAAAUCAUUUUCCGAGAAUAACAUUUUUGUGGAGUAUAUAAGUUCUGGGAAGAACACAGAAAGGAAGGAGAAUAACGACUUUUUUGCGAUCUUUGUUCGAGCUGGAAUUCGUUGAAGUUAUUCAGAGUUUAUAUGCAUUGUGGAUGUUGAAGAUUCUUGAAUGCAUGUGUGUGUGAAUCGUCACUACUCAUUAUCCCGUGUUACCCGGAAAUGUCUACAACAAAUCUGUUUGUUCCUGUUAGGGUUAAUUCCACGUUCCACUAAGUUUUGUACGACGAGGAGCAAUCCAGAAGCAGUGUUUUGUUUUUGAUCGGGAUUAUAUGUGACCAGAAUAACUUGUGUAUAAAUUCCUCCUUUUAACUACUAUCUUAUAGUCAUUCUCUCCAUUUUUUUGAAUGUUAGGAUUUUUGCGACAUUUUUGUUGGAUACAAAAUGUGUCUGCUAUACGCACAUGAUCGAUCCUUCAGCUGUCAUACUGUUGGCCCAUAUGACACAAUCAAUCUGGCACGCACCUAGUACCUCAAUCAUGGGCAUGUCCAUAACGCAGCACACCACACGUGCAACUUAUCUGUAAUGAUAUCAUAGUGAAUAAGGUCAUCAGACGACAUCAAGACGGAGGAAACGAUAAGAGAUUGUGUAACAAUGUAUGAAUGUCCUGAUAUGUUAUUGUAAAAUGCAAUUGAAUGUGGAUUCGAUAAUUUUCAUGAAGUCAUGAAGAAAGAAUGUUUAACAAAAGGUAAGGAAUCAAAUUUCAGUUCAAGAACAAGAGACAGGUCAUCUAUUUUCCAAUGACCAUGGAGGCAGCAACAGAAAUCAGUAUUUAUAAAUAUUUAUCAGUUAUUGAAUUAGAUUGUUGGUUUAACUUGCGACCUGCGGAAAUGCAUUGUUGACUGAUUCAAAGUAGGGAGGAACGGCUACAAGGUCAACGCUACUCAUGACCGUAUAUAUAGACAGCGUACGAAGUGCAAACGUCGUAUGAUCAAGAUAAUUGCAGAUUUAACUCUUUAGACAUUAAGAAACUACAUUGUGCAUUUGAAAGCAUGAUUUCGUAGAAACAAAAAUCCGUAUAUUUUCACCAAUCGUCAACCCGAAGUAUCCUUCUGUGUUGUAAUUGUGCGGAGGUCUGUACCUUUGUACCCAAAUACAGGAGAUCUAUAACCGUGAUGUCUUUCAGUAGUAUGACAUGUACCCCACAGUCCUCGCCAGACUGUAAGGAUUGUUCUCGUAUCACGUGACACUCCGUUUGCCGAUACGCCAUGUUUUUAUUUAUUUCUAUUCUAGGUGUUUUUAAUUUUCAUUUGUAUUUUUAUCUUUUUUUCUUGUUUAUGAAAUAUGAAUAUGAUUUAGAAAAAAAUCAGUAUUUUGCUUCCAUGAAUUUUUAACAAACAAAAUCGUCGACCGACUUUAAUUUAUUAUUCCAGAUCAGUACAUUUUCCUAGAUUUGAAUUCAGUUUGUAUGCUACGUAAGAUAGGCGUGUUGGAGGAAAUAACACACAAAUUGCUACUUUUGUCUAAUGAAUUUGUCGAUCAUUAAUUAAUCGUUUGAUAGAUCUUUAGUAAAAUUAUACAUCUAUUACACAGUGUAAUAUUCAGAUUAAAAUAUUGUUAUUUACCUGCAGGGAGAGAGCAGUUGUUUUUUUUCACUUUUUGCAUUUCGUUAAAACAUAACAUCACGGAAGUAACAUGGAAUUAAAGGGAAGCAAUUCAUUUAAUGAAUGGUGCUGAUUGGCGUUACUGCUCACAAACUGAUACCCGAAAUAUUCCUAUAGUGUUCACCGUUUCGCUGAUAUCGGGUCGUACAAACAUUUUUAUUCAUCACGUACAAGAUUGUCGUUUGAAUAAUUUCAUUUGACAUGUUCCUCUUAUUUUCAUCUAAAUUUCAGGCUUUGGGAACGAAGCCAAAUGCGCUUUUACAGCAGUAAGAUAAGACAAGAGUAGUUAAUUAAGAUUCCAAAUUGUUUGGAUUUUGAUGUUUGAUCUAGUGACCAUAUGUGUUAUUGUAGGCCUUCAACUAACCGUUUUAAUGGGACGUGGUUUUACGACGUGUUCUUCCUUCCUACAUUUACUAUAUAGUCUACCGUGCACACCUGAUUUAAAAUGACACAGAAUAGACAAAUAUACCGCUAAAUUAACAAUUUAAACUGUAAUCAUUACUUACAAAUAUCAUGCUGUUGGAGGAUACCAUCAAAAAUUUAUAUAUUUACGAUACCACGUCAUUGUUUACAGUGAUCAGCCCCCGUGAUAACAUUCCAUUAAUAGCUUACAAAGUAGCCGUUUAUUCAGGAAUGCACAUUAUUGUAUCGAUACAUUGUAUCAUGGUGUACUGACAUAGUAGGCCUGUAAACAUCUGACGUGAUAUCGUGAAUAUUUACAACGAGUUUGGAUUGUACGUAGGUUUUACAUAACUCGAUAACAGUAAUAAUUUACAUUGGCGUUACAUAAAAAAAGGGCAGAGAUGAAGCUGUUAUUACCACGCGACAGAUGUCAAUCUUAAUAUACAUUUGCCUGUCAAUUUAUCUUGUCAUUGUAAGAAUUUUUAAGCUUUUAAUAUAAAUUUUGUUUGGAGAUAUAUCAUCUUUUGCUUUUUUUCGUGCAUCAUUUUGAUAUUUCAUUACAUUUAUUAUCCCCCGAGGGGAAGUACGAAGGGUAUAUUUGCUGUUCCAUUGAUAUGGGUUCAUUUUGAUACAACCUAGUUUCCUAUUCUAAUUAUAUAUCUUCCAAAUUUUUGAACAAAAAUGAAACUAUUUUGUAGUGUUGAAAACGAAGGGUGUUUUUGUGUAAUUCCCUUUGUAAUGUGUACUUAAGAUAAUAUUUUAAUAAGUUAAUAUAUGUAAACUUUCUUUUGGAUUUUUUUCCUAAAUUAGAUUUUAUUUUUUUUAUUACUUGAAAGCAUUUGAAUGGUUUAUACACUGACUCCACCCAAUAAAAUCGCAGAGAGAAA